UUUUAUUGAGGUUAUGUCAGAUUGUUUGAAAAUCCAUGAAUUUAAUCUUAUUCUUGCACAAACUUUCCCUUAUUAUUAGUUGUUUUAAGUAAAUUAGCUGUAUUUUGAACGUGAAAUUAUUAUAAGUCGGUUAAUAUUGUGCUUUCUUUAAAUAUUAUCAUUGUCUGCCAGAGUCGCAGAGUAUUUCUACAAUAUCGCAAACAAUUUUUUUGUAAAGUUUUUUCGACCUAGUUGAUAAAAUUUGAUUCUUGAAGAUAGCUGUUUAAUUAUUUAGAUAUUGCUAUUCUUGAUGGGAAAAAUGCUUGAUAACCAUUAUUAUCUGUUUCUUAUCGCAUUUAGUUAAAUAGUUCUUAAUCAACAACUGCCUCAACUAGACAACAAAUUAGUUCGUAUAAUCGUUCAUUGAACGAUUCAAUGUUUCAAACCAGUUCUGAGAUCCUGAAAAAAAUAGUUUCUUGUUUUUUUUCGAGGACAGCUAAUAAUUUUAAUAACGAUUUGGCAGCAAGUGUUAAGUGAGCCAUCAUGAAGUCAUUCAGGCUCAUUGCUCACCAGAAAACAUUCUGCGAGGAUGACCUUGUUAUAAGCCACAAAGACUAUCCGGAAGCCUGCCUAAACGACAUCGUGGAAAUCUACCAUCAAACCCCGGCUGAAGAGGGUCGGAAAAAGAGCGAAAUUGAAGAAGAAUAUCCACGCCUCCUGCUGCAAAUCACGUCUUUUAAAGACGAUUUGCUGCAGGCAACCAGAACAAUCAGCGUUGAGCAAAGUAUUGCUGCAGCGUUCGGGCUGCAAACGUACAAAUAUGUUACAGUCCGUCUGGUGAUUCCCGAUGAUGUCGUUUUGGAGUCCAUCGAACUAACUUUUAGGGAUCAGUACAUGGGGCGCUCAGAAAUGUGGAGAUUGAAAAAUAGUCUGGUCAACAGCUGCGUCUACACAAAUAAAAAGCUGGAAUUUUGUAGCGGAGUUGUGCGCUGCCAAGUCCACGAAAUGUGGGCGCAAGGCGAAAGAGUUGCCUGCGGAGUGAUCACGAAUGAUACAAAAAUCGUCUUCCGUUCCUCCACUGCCAUGGUUUAUAUAUUCUUACAAAUGUCCUCGGAAAUGUGGGACUUUGAUAUCUACGGUGAUCUCUAUUUUGAAAAGGCUGUAAACGGUUUCUUAUCGGAUUUGUUCAUGAAGUGGAAAAAGAAUGGAAGCAACCACGAAGUCACCAUAGUGUUGUUUUCAAGAACAUUCUACGAAGCACUCAGUUUGGAAGAGUUUCCCCACCAUAUGAGAGAGUGUUUGCAACGGGAUUAUAGAGGCCGAUAUUAUGAAGAUUUUUAUAGGGUUCCAGUUCAAAACGAAAGGUACGACGAUUGGAGUAAUAUUCUGGUGCAGCUGCGUAAAUUAUUCCAGGAAUACUUAAAAAUUGUCCUGAAGUACCAUGCCAGACCUAACAUCACUAUACCAGCAGCCUCUAAUAGCACUGCCGCCCAGGGAAAUUUCCUGGAAGUCCUCAACAUGUCCCUCAACGUAUUUGAAAAGCACUAUCUGGAUAGAAGUUUUGAUAGAACCGGACAAUUGAGCGUUGUAGUUACUCCGGGGGUGGGCGUUUUUGAGGUGGAUCGGGAAUUGACUAACAUCACGAAGCAAAGGAUUAUAGAUGGAGGUGUGGGCAGCGACUUAGUCUGCGUUGGCGAACAGCCUUUACAUGCCGUUCCUCUACUAAAGUUUCACAAUAAAGACACUCACGUAAACGUACCGGAUGACUAUUCCAUGCCCCACUGGAUUAAUCUGUCCUUUUAUUCUACCAACAAAAAAAUGCCCUAUUCGAACUUUGUGCCCAGAAUCAAACUGCCUCCACCGCUCACCGACGAAGAAAUCGAGAAAGCCAAGGAAACUUCAAAAAGAGAGCUUCUGUCUGAAGAUGAGUCCAUCCACAACACAUUCUUCGAUUAUGACGGCUAUGAUGCCGCAGUUUUUCAGUUGCCCAGCGCCUAUCAUGUACAAGAAUCGUCAUCAAUUCACACUAGAUUGCCGACUAGGCACAAAAGGAGCUCGGGAAGUUUGCUAGAAUCGCAAGAAUCCAAAGGCAGAAGGAAGAUGUCUGAUCCUGAUAUUACCCUGCUUAAAACUGACAACAGACGCUCCGAGCCAAUCGCUAUUCCUUCAGCAACCAACAACUUACUUAUUUCACCUCAUACUGAAGACAAGGAAUUUUCCCCGCCAGUAAGAAUGGUAGUGGGUUCCGAAGGAUCUCCACCUCACGAGUCUAGAGCGUUAAUAAACCCCUUUGAUCCAUCACACGUGACGAUUAAAUUAACAUCAAACCGCCGCCGAUGGACUCACAUAUUCCCCAAAGGACCCACAGGGGUUCUCAUCCAACAGCACCACUACCAGGCUGUUCCCGCACAGCCUGAUCCUCUAAACGACGAUAAUCGACAAUGCGAAUCGCAAAACGGUCAGCAGCAGAACAAGUCAUUGGUGGCUUCGGCUGCUUUGCAGGACUAUUGCAAGAAGCGGCAAAGCCAAAAUCCUGGAUCUAGUAGCUCGACUACGAUUAAACAUUCUACGAAAAGUCUUACGUUUCUGUGGGGCGCCACAGGCGAGCAGGAGUGGACGCCUGCUUUAACAACAGUCAAUGACGUAAUCAUAGGAGUCGAUUGGAAGUCUUUGACUAUACCAGCCUGUUUGCCCAUCACUACGGACUAUUUCCCGGACAAACGGACCUUGCAUACGGACUAUGUGGUGUCGUUGUACAGCUUGGUUCCAGACAGCGUCUACGCGGACUUUGCCCAGCCUCGCGGCACCUACAAGAAGCCUCUGAGCACCGAUGAAGUGUUCAAGGAGCUGAUUUCUCAGAGACUGGCUCAAGGUUUUCAGUUGAUUGUCAUGGGACCACGCAAGCAGGAAAAGGGACCCAACGUGCAGUCAGGCCAAUUGAGAAGCAACUUGAUGAGGAAGAGUCCGACGGAUAACGAUGAGAUGUACUUUCUGUCCAUUGGGAGGCUGUUUCACAAGAUUUCCCUAUCGGGAAAUACGAUUUCCGUUACGCGGUAUAGACCGAGGCAUCCAUAUCCAGGCUUCAACUAUCAGUAUAGGUACCGGUUCCAUGCCCCAUACCACGACACAUACGAAGAAUCAUAUGCCACCUUUACAACUGAGAAGCUGGAGCACUACAACUGGAAUUAUUUGGAUCAUUACGUUUGCACUGGAGGCGAUACUACGGACUUUGUGCUAGUGGAUGCCUUAAAGUACUGGAGAAUAUCAGUUCAAGUUCGCCGUUCAGGGAACGAUUGGGUAGCAACCGAUUGUCUGAUAGACCUCGUCCCAGAUCCGGAUCUAAAGUCCUGGAACGUUCGAGGGCUUCACAUGGCUCUCAAGAUCAACCAAGUGAAAGCACUGAUACAGACGAAGGAUUGUCGGUCGCAAUGACUCCGCUUAAAUCAACCUCAAGUUCCUUAGAGAUAAUGGAAGCGAUGAAACACCAAUCGCAAGGAUUGCCGUUCUUCAACUUGUCGCAAAAUCUUCCCACUCACACUUUUGUUACGGCCGACGCAGUUAAUUGGCUGACGGCUCACAUGGAGGGAGUGACGACCAUUGAUAGGGCUGUGCAGAUUAUGCAAGGACUGCACAAGGAGAAAUUGAUCAGACAUGCUUCGGGCGAUCCGAAGAAGCCCUUCAUUUAUGGAUUUUAUUUAUUCUUCAUUUCACCGGACAAAUAUGAUAAAGAGUCGUUUCAACCCAAUGGUGAUUCUGAGAGUUUUGAAAAUGAGUUUCUCGAAGUGGAAAUACACCCGCCGCUCGACUGGGGACGUCCAAAGUUACCGCCCAACAACAUCCCCAUAUCAAAUAGCGAUAAAGAACGUGAAGUUCCCCAUUUCUUGUGCAACGAUAUUGAUCCGGAGUAUGCAGAAGUUGAUGCUGAUGAACUAAUGUAUAAAAAGCUUCGACUGGAAACGGAUGUGUCGGGGAAAAGCGAUAGGAUUGAAUGGGGCCAUGCUCGUUACCAAACGAUCUUUCGUCCCGAUCAGGCAUAUGAAUUGAUUGCUGAAUGGCUCACUUCUUCUGGAUCCAUUGUAGGCGAAUUGCUUUUUGGCUGGCAUAGAAAGGGGCAAACGUGUGGGUUUCAAUUGAUACCGAUUCCACAUGAUCCGCUUGCUUUGCCCUAUUCUAACAAGUCUGAUCCCUUGAGAGGCCCGAUUUUUGUGCCUCUUAACGUCACUUGUUUGGAAAAAUACGAGCAUCUUUUCAAAGAUUUUCCUGAGGAGACUUGGCGGGCUCGCAUGUUCCUGUUCCAAGAAGCGAUAAUACAGCGAUUUGGCUUUAUAAAGUGUCUAGUAGAAAGCCCUAACAACCAAAACUCUGCUAGAGAGCACCAGUAUAUUCACGCAACUGGCACAAUAUUUAUUUUAAUUUCCAAUACGGCACCAAAGUCGGACAGGAGCAGAGCUAAUAGCAUGAAGGAAAACCGGCCGAAUAUCGCAAGCACUAAAUACUCGUUGCAUGCCGAUGUGGUGCCCAGUCCUCAUGAAGCUUACAUUACAAGGCAUGUGUCUGGGAAAAAUAAAGCCGACUACGACAAUUCCCGAAAGAUGGGCUUUUUGUGGUGCUGGAAUCACAUGAUUAGCAAAAAGUGGCGCACCAACCAGGGGGUAGACAAUAACUUUCAAAUUAAGUGCUUGAAGGACUUUAAGGCAUUUUGCAACAAUGCCGAAGACAGAUUGAGCAGUUUUUGGGGUGCAAGCUGGGAUGCAAAAACCCUUUCAAGUACUCGAUGAAUUUCAAAGGAAAUCGAUCUCUGCUAUAAUUAUAGGUUUAUAAGGACUGUCGAACACAGAACGUUUAACGUUUGUUAAAAGAUAGUUAGGUGUAAGUCGAUGUUGCUUUAUCUACUGAAAACCGGGUAAAACACUCGAACUUCUGUUUGCUAUUUUAAUAAAUUGUUAAUUAUU